AUGAGUGAGAAUCAAGCACCUCAGCAAAAGGUCGCCAAAGAUGUAAGUCAAAUUAAAUAAUUAGGUCCUAAGAGUAGAAUUAGCGGGGAAUCAUCGGAAAUUUUGAAAUCAAAAUGAAUUUCAAGCCGAAGCUCGGGCGCAGCUUGGAAAAUUUUCGAAAAACAUUUUUUUCUGUCAGUGGCGACCUACAUGCAACUCGGGCGCAGCUCUUUAUCAGAACGCCAAAAAAUCACAUUAAAAAAAUUCGAAUUCUUCUAACUUAUUUUCCGACCUGCGCCCGACCAUUUCCGCCGAAUUUUGAAUUAGAAAUCGGCCAGAAAAGGACUUUUUUCUAUAAAAUUAAAAUUAUUUUGUUCAGGAAGAUGACUCCGAUUUUGAAGAGGAAAUGCGGAUUACAGAAGCAGUGGAGGGCUUUGAAAACCACGGCCCUCCGAAACAGUUGAAGCCAGUGCCCGAGGCUGAAGUUCAAAAACUUCAAGAAGUCAGCUAUACUUUCAUUUUUAUGCUUUGCGUAUUUUACCUUUCUUUAGUCAACUUUUAUUUUACAGUCAGCGAAGAAACCAAAAGGUCCGAAUUACCCGGAAUCGCCAGAAAACCAGCAACGACCGGCUGAAGACGCCAAUUUCGGUGAGAAGGAGAAGAGCUAG